AUGGAUCCCACUCAGCGCACAAGCUCGUCACGGGUUCCUGCUCAUCAGGUGUCAGAAAUCGGCUUGCGACCAGACACCAAAGCUUCAUUUUCCUUUCCUCCCGAGCCAAGCGUGGGCAAGGUAGAGCACAAACUUAGGCUAACAGCCGAAGAAGGCAGUGAAAGGUUUGAGGAGCUUGUGACACAAUUGAACUGGAGAAUGCGAGAAUGCAGUUCUGCAGAAGAAUGUGCAGAUUUGGAAGAGCUGUCCCAGUACAGAGAUGCUUUAUACCGACUUGGCGUUUCUGAUGAUGGACAAGUGCCUGGCCUCAGUGAUGCAGAGCUUGCAGAGUCCUUGUCAGUCCUCAAAGCUAUGGCAGCACAAAUACCAGCCACAGUGACAGUCAUCAGCCAGACUGGUGGCAUAGGCCCUGGCAAUCGAACUGCAAUCACAGCGCUGGUGCGUGCUUGCCAGUCUUCUUUUUUCCUUCGAGGUGGAGAUGAGGUGAGAAUAUGCACCGUAGGCAACGUAGACUCCGGCAAGUCAACGCUCUUGGGACUGCUGACACAGGGCCUUCAGGAUGACGGUCGUGGACGAGCCCGCGCCGCUGUCUUUCGGCACCGCCAUGAGAUAGAGUCAGGCAGAACAUCGAGCAUAGCAACAUCCACCCUCGGAUUUGAUCAAACAGGCGAGGUUGUGAACUACCGGGUGGAUGGAAGUGGACUUUUUCGAAGUGAGAAGCCACAUCACAACAUUGGUCGGAUUGAAGCGCAAGCUCGGAUCGCCGAGAAGUCAUCCAAGCUGAUUACAUUCUUCGACCUUUGUGGACAUGAAAGGUACUUCAAGACCACUUUGCAAGGAAUGGUUGGCCUGAAUCCAGACUAUUUGCUAUGUACGGUGGAUGCCAAUCGUGGGGAAAUGCGUGGAAUGGUUCACGAACACCUUGUAGUUGCCCAUGCACUUGGAAUCCCGGCAAUCAUUUGCUUGACCAAAUGUGAUGUCGCAGAUGAAGAGCGGCGCUAUGCUGCACUGCUCGAUGUGAAACGUUAUAUGAAGCAGCUGGGAUCCAAAACACUUGUUGUGAAAGACGCCAAUGAUGCUGUGCUGGCGGCAGAGCGGAUUCUUCAAGGAUACAGCCCAAUCUUUUUGUGCUCUGCUGUCACUGGAGCUAUGGUACGAGAGUUGAAGCUUCUUCUGAACGUGAUGUCACGUCGUCCAAGCUUGUUUCAAAAGACGCUCCAGACUGAACCAGAUCUUCAAAUCCAAAUUGACGAGGUCUUUCCUCAGGUGCCUGGAGUGGGACUUGUCAUUGCUGGCAGAGUGUUGCAUGGAACUGCCAGACCAGGCGACGCUGUAAGGAUCGGACCUAUAGUUGAUGCCUCUGGUGGCUUACUGAAAGAUGGCUUUUUGAGUUUGAGAAUCUCCUCAAUCCGAGUGCAAGAUCAUCCUGUAGAGCAACUGCGGGCUGGCUCUAGUGGAACCUUCGCUCUAAAAUCAGCAGGGAGGACAAAAGUAUUGACUCCCCGCACAUUGAGCAGGUCCAAGUUUUUGGUUGGGACCAAAUCCAUUUUGGCUCCAACAAGGUGGGUCAAGGCCACUGUCACCGUCCUGCAGCACCCUAGCUCCAUCCGAGUGCGAUACGAGCCUGUUUUGCAUGUUGGGAUGACACGUCAAACUGCCAGAGUCAUGUCCAUGACAAGCUCUGACGGGGAACCCGUCGAUCUACUGAGAGCCGGCGAUUCUGCUGACAUUCUCUUCCGCUGGGCACAUUGGCCAGAAAUUGUUGAGCCUGGUUGCGCCCUGGUGUUUCGAGAAAACUCCGUGAAAGGAAUUGGCACAGUUACCUGGGUUGGCAACUUGGAUGAACCUAGAGAAGAGCGUACAAAGGAAGUUUCGAGAAAGAAAUCCAAAGUCAAGCAGACCAAGUCUAAAAGGAAAGGCUCUGUGGAAUCUGUUGCAGCAAAAAAAACAGAUACUGACAAGAAGACUCGAAAGGGACUUCUUCAGGAUAAAAAGAAGUCCAAACGCCCAAAACGAUAG